AUGACAUGUUUUACAGAAAAUAAACCCUAAUGGUGAUUCAUUCAUUAUGUGUCCCAAUUACAAUUUUAUCGGUUCGUUGCAUCUUAAAAGGUUUCUUUUGAUAAAAAUCAAACAAAUUUCUAACUUUAAUGGAACCGCUUUUCUGGUGGAAACUUACAAAGGUAGUGCAUCGCCUCAGAUCCACACCAUGGCAGCAGCGAAUGCAUUUAUAAGACUAUUGAACUGCACCUACUAUAUACUCAUCACUUGUGUUCUGAUCAUCGGUCAAAUGAUAAUAUUUCGUCAAUUGUGGUACGUUUUCCAGACAAAGUCGUUUACAUUCACUGUGGACACGCUGUAUCUACAUUGGAACACAUCAUUUCCAGCAGUCACCGUGUGCGAAAUUUUCAAUGGCGAAAAAAAUUGGGAUUUUAGUGAAAGAUACUUUGGGGAGGAUCGACAUCACAAAAUGGACGACUUCAUUGCGGAUAUAUCGUUUUUUACCGGUAAUUGUUACUCUUGCCGUUAUUGUGAAAAUGGACUGGAAUGUCCGAGAAAUUUCACAGAUAUUCUGGACAAGUUCCGAACAGGCUGUCAGGAAAUCUUGGCAAAUUGCACAUGGAAUGGAAAGCCCUUCGAAUGCUGUGAUGCUUUUCUGCCGCUGAAAACGGAAUUCGGUCUAUGUUUUUCCACCAAUUCGAUGCACACAAGUCCAAUGUACGGUCAUCGCCUCAUUAUGAACCAUAACACCGGUGUUGGAAAACUUCACUUUACGGCCACCGAAGACGUUUCCAUACAUCUACAUGCUCCGCAUGAAGUACCGUCAUUAAUUGAAGGUGACAUCAAAGAAAAAGUGUUGUACGGUUCGGUGAAGGAAAUCAUCAUCAGUGUAAUUGAAAUGGUAAACGAUCCAACGACCGUAGACGUAUCGGUGAAUCAUCGACGGUGUCGAUUUCCGUGGGAGUUGGAAGUGGAUGAUAAACCGAAAUCAGUUUUCAAUUAUUAUGAUCAUUCAAUUUGUAUGAUCAGAUGUGCGGAGGAUAUUCAACGCAAAUAUUGCAAUUGUAUCCAUCAUUUGAUGCCAGUUGAGGGUGAAGACCGAAAGAUUUGUGAUUACCGCGGAUUGAUGUGCUUGACUGAGAAUUUCGCUAUUCUAUACAAAGAAAGACGGAAUUGUAAGUGUCUCCCAUCGUGCAUCGAACCGGAAUACAAUACCAUUUUCUCAUCAGCAGAAACCUACCAUGACGAACCUGGCAGUUCAAUUUCAAUAGCUAUGCUAGAUUUACCCAAGCAAAGAUUCAUACGUAAUAUAGUGGGAACUAAUCUAGAGUUUGUCAUUUCAGUUGGUGGCAUUGUGGGACUAUUCUUUGGAGCAUCGAUUCUCAGCAUAGUUGACAUAUUUUAUACAAUUUACCGAAGACGUAAGAAGAUAGCGGGAAUGGGUCGAUUCCGGUUUAAAGUUCGUUUCCGAAAAAAUGUGGGAAAACGAACUACUUUGUUGAAUGAAGGACCACGGUAAAGUUCUCAAAUGUUCUAGUUCACUGUAAACUAAUAAAAUCAAAUCGUUGCACUGGCCCCAUAAAUUAUUUAUGACUUUU